GGGGAGUGGCCCUGUGGCGAGGGAGUGGCUCGGCUGCAGCGCGCGCUCCCGGGCUCAGUCUCGUUCUCGCGGUGCUUGGCUCGGGAGCGCCCUGGUAGCUGUCUGUGUCGAUCCGCUUUCUCUGUCCGGGCCUGAGGUGCUGCUGCUCGGCUGAUUGAAAGAUCAGACCUGUAAAUAAGAAGUCCAUUCCAAAGCUGGGCUCCUAUGGAAGAAUCAUCCCCAGAAAAACUCACAAGUGAUAGUCCUUGUGACUCUAAAUUGAGUGAAACUUGGGAAUAUGAAGCCAGGUUAGAGGAGGAGCAGAGUGAUGAGAAAACUCAGCAUGUAAAAAUAAUCCAAAGGAAAGCACCCAGUAAAUUGAGAAGCCAUGAAUAUAAUAAAUAUGCUCGACUCUUUGGUGUAGGACCAAUUCUUUUUCCACAACAGAGAGUACCCAUAGGAAAGAAUCUUCCCAAAUAUGAUGCACAUAGAAAGAGCUUCAGACUCUAUUCAGACCUAAGAAAAUACAAUAAAAUUUGCUCAAAGAAGGUAUUUUCUAAGUAUAAUGACAGUGGGAAAUCCUUCAGUUAUCAUUCAGAUCUUAUUGAAUAUCACAGGCUACAUAUUGGAAAGAAACCAUAUGAAUGUGGGAAAGCCACAUUAUGGAGAACACAGCUUAUUCAACAACAGAAAAUUCAUACUGUAGAGAAACCUUAUGCAUGUAUUGAAUGUGGGAAGGCCUUCUGUAAGAGGACACAACUUACUCAACAUUUCAGAAUACAUACAGGAGAAAAACCUUAUGAAUGUAGUGAAUGUGGGAAGACUUUCCGACAGAGUGCACACCUUACUCGUCAUCAGAGAAUCCAUACUGGAGAGAAACCCUAUGCAUGUAAUCUAUGUGGGAAGGCCUUCAACCAUAGCUCUUCCCUUGCUUCCCAUCAGAGAAUUCAUACUGGAGAGAAGCCCUAUGGAUGUGAUCUGUGUGGAAAGGCUUUCAACCAUAGUUCUUCUCUUGCUUCUCAUCAGAGAAUUCAUACAGGAGAGAAACCUUAUGAGUGUAAUGAAUGUGGGAAGGCCUUCCGCCAGAGCACAGAACUUACUAGACAUCAAAAAAUUCAUACUGGGGAAAAACAUGAAUGCACUGAAUGUGGGAAGGCUUUCCACCAGAGCUCACACCUUACUCGACAUCUGAGGAUUCAUACUGGAGAGAAACCCUAUAAAUGCAAUGAAUGUGGGAAGACCUUCAAUUACAGUUCAUCCCUUGCUUCUCAUCAUAGAACUCAUACGGGAGAAAAGCCUUAUGGGUGUAUUGAAUGUGGAAAAGCCUUUGGUAAAAGGACACAGCUUAUUCAACAUUGGAGAAUUCACACUGGUGAGAAACCUUAUGAUUGUAAUGAAUGUGGAAAGGCCUUCCGCCAGAGCUCCCAGCUUACUCGACAUCAGAAAAUUCAUACAGGAGAGAAACCUUUCGAAUGUGAUGAAUGUGGGAGAGCCUUCCGCCAGAGAUCGCAGCUUACUUACCAUCAGAGAAUUCAUACUGGAGAAAAACCUUAUGAAUGUAAUGAAUGUGGGAAGGCUUUCUGUCAAAGCACUGAGCUCACUCAACAUCAUAGAAUCCAUACUAGUGAGAAACCUUUUGAGUGUCAUGAGUGUGGUAUGGCCUUUCGUCUGAGUACUGGACUUACUCGCCACCAGAAAAUCCAUACUGGAGAGAAACCUUAUGAGUGCAGUGAAUGUGGGAAGGCCUUCUGCCAAAGAGCAGAACUUACUGUACAUCAUAGAAUUCAUACAGGAGAGAAACCUUAUGUGUGUAAUGAAUGUGGAAUGGCCUUUCGACAGAGCUCACAACUGACUCCCCAUCUCAGAAUUCAUACUGGAGAGAAACCUUAUAAAUGCAAUGAAUGUGGAAAGGCCUUCAAUCGCAAUUCGUCCCUUGUUUCCCAUCACAGAAUUCAUACUGGAGAGAAACCUUAUGAAUGUAAUAAAUGCGGAAAGGCUUUCCGCCGAAGUACAGGACUUACUCGACAUCAAAGACUUCAUAUUGGAGAUAAAUCUUAUGAAUGUAAUGAUUAAGGGAAGGCUUUCCUCCAAAACAAAUAUCUUAACAUCAGUUCAUGAGUGAAGUGAAAAGUCUUCUGAAUGUUUUGACCUUUUAAAAAAUUAUAAAUGUAAUACUAACAACAUUUCGACACAAGACACUUCCCAACAGACAUAUUCCAGAAAGUUAUUUUUUUUCCUUUGUUAACUAAAAAAAUGGAUUUUCUAUUUCCCUUUGAUAGUAUGGUAAUGACAUUGACCAUUAUAUUUGACUAGAGUUUUGUUGCUUCAUAAUGCUGACUUUAUUAACAUUAUUGUAGUCAUCAUGUAUAUUGUGUUUUGGCACUUCUCUCAUUACAUGGUCUUUUCCCAUGGUUCUCUGAAUUUUUUUAUUCUUCAUUCCUUACCGCACAGUGGUAUUUAAUUACAUCCAUUUACCACAAUUUGUUCAACUAUUUCUUUGAUUGUGCAUGUUUUCCCCCCAGAUUUUGUCCUACAUCAUGCUGUUAUGAAUAUUCUUUAAGCACAUAGGUCUUUUGUUGUUUUUAAUACUUGAUUUUUUGGGUAUUAUCCUAGGAGUAGGAUCUCAGGGUCAGAGGGUAUGAGUAGUUUAGUAACUUGCCUUUCAUAAUUCUUAUUUUCUAUUCCUAUUUGAUUGAAUAAUUUUAUAGCUCAAUUAGAAGUGAAAUAAUCUACCUGCCUUCCCAAUUCUUUCCAUCUUUUGGGUUUCAGGUGAUUCAUUAGCAUUGUUUUAUUUGAAUUUUUUCUGAUUAUUAAUGAAGUUGAACUUUUUCUUCUUUUGGAAACUGUUCCUAUCCUUUGACUAUUUGUCUGUUUCUGAAUAGUUCUUAAUCUCUGGUUUGUAUUCCUUCUUGUUUUUGCAAUUCUUAUAUCAGAAAUAUUUAAAGAGAAUAUUUUUCUCCCAGUAUAUAUCUUCUGAUUCUAGCUGCAUUAAUUUUGUUUGUGCAGAGCUGUUUGGUUUUUGUGUUUUUUCUUUUUCUUUUCUUUUCCAUUAUAUUUUCCAUUGUCUUUUGUUAAGAAAGAGAAUCUUCUCUUCUUAGUUUUGUUUUUAGUUUUUUCCUUAUCUUGGUAUGACUUUUUCUAUUAAAUUAGUUGAGGCCUUUGAACCAUACUGUGGUUAUGUGCUUUAAAAUGGUUACUUAAACUAUUUUUGCCAGACUUUCUAGUUUUCCAGCAGCUCUUAGUAAAUAAAGAGUACCUAUUGCUGUAGUUUGUGUUUUUGAGUUUAUCUAGCACUAGACUGCUUUUAUGUAAUUUCUUUUCCAGGCUUUGCUGUCUGGUCUGCUCUGUUGACCUGCUUUAAAUUUUUUUACCUAGUACCAGAUAACUGAUAAUAAUUGCUGAUAGGCUUUGAGAUCUGGUAUCAACAAGUACCCUUCUAACUACUAUUUUUCAUUAUUUCCCUGGAUAUAUGAGCUUUACACAAGUUAAAAAAAUUUUUUUUCUCUCCACUAUGAACUGAUGUUGAUAGGAGAAUUUAUUAACAGAAUUCUAGUGAAGCAAUAAAAAAAGGUGAAAUAAAUAGCUUCAGCAAAGUAGCAGGAUACAAAAUAAAUGCACAAAAACAAUACUUUUCUGUAUAAUACUAAAAAAAUCACAGGGGAAAGAGAGAAAUCCCAUUUAAAACAACAAAAUGCAUUAACUUUAAUGGAACUUUACCUACCAAUACACAUAGGACUUGAAUGAAUGAAAAUUUUUACAGAAAUAAGUCCUAAAUAAUUUGAGAAAGUUCAGUGUUGCUGACUAGGCUGUGCUGAUGAACACAUUAUGUUAUGUAUUUAGCUGUAUAUCAACAUACAUACCAAAGGAAUAUUUUAUAGAUUUAGACAAAAUUAAUUUCAGGGCAUAAAAUGUCAAGAAUAUCUAGAGAAAUUUUAACAAAAUUUUUUUUAAUUGGUGAGGUUACAUAAUGUUCAGGAAAAAUUAAUGACAGUGGUACUAAAAUUGAACAGUGGCCAUUGAUUUGUCUUAUUCUUAUUAUUCGUAAGGAACUGACUGUACUCUGGACCAAAAUGUGAAUUAUUCCGAGCUUUGUGAUCUAUUUUCUAAAACCUGGAUGCAGAUUGAAUUAUUCCUGGAUCUUUUUGGGACCUGUAUAACAAGGUCUCAUGGUAAUGAACAGUUAAGAGGAUCCCUCUUUUGAUUUAAUAAUUUUGAUUUGAUAGCUACCUAUUCUAUAUUGUUGCAUCAUAUUACAUUGCUUUACUCUUGUAAUUUUUAUCAUUGAUAUUUGAUUUAGAAUAUGUUGUUGUGUGGUAUAUAUUUGGAUGCAUUGGAAAGAGUUCUUGUUUGGGGACAGAGGACCUGGGUUUGAAUCCCAACUCUAGCUAUUGACAACCUGUGACCUUGGACAAGUCACUAUCUCUUUGGACCUCAGGUUCCUCUGUAAAAUGAGGGCAUUGUACAAGAUGACCUGCAAGGUCCUUCCAGUUCUGAGUCUAUGAUCCAAUGAAGGAGAAGUGGGACUGGAAGUUUAGGAAGAGAAGAAAAGAGAAGUUUUGGAGACUUAAUAAAAGUUCAUUAGAUUCAAAGACUAGAUCAUCCACUAAGUACUGGAUACUCUGCUGUAGCUAUAACUCAAUUAGACAGCUAGUUUAAAUUUAUGUAAAGAUAUGGUAGUUCAUCUGCAUGAUGUUUAUGGGUAGUUUUAUAUGUCUUCAAUGCAUGUAAAUUGUGGCAUAACUGAUAUUUUAUAGAACUUUGGAAAGCACGCUACAUAACAUUAUCUCAUUUGAUCCUUACGACCUGAUUGAUGCUAUUAUCUUCAUUUUAUGGAUGUGAAAACCAAGGCUCAUAUAGGUUAGGUGACUUAUCUAGGAUCAUAUGCUGGUGCGGCAGAAUAUGCUAAAGCAGAAUUUGAACUUAGGUUUUCUUGACUACAGGUAUAGCACUGUGCACUGUACUGUGCUACCUCUUAACUCAAUGGGACAAGAAUUGCAUCUUUUUACCAUUGGCUCUUUUGUGAUCUUUGGAUUACACAUUGGUGCUAGAAAUUAUUAUUGCUAUUAUGAAUCAGCAACUCACCAACAAAUAAAAGCUCUCAACAGAUUACUAAAAGACUUCUAAAAGACAUCUGGAAGUCAAUAAUAGUUCUAGGCACUGCAUCUACAUAUUUGCUCUGCCCCAGGUAUGUGGAUGAGAGGAAUAGAAAGACUGGAGAAGUUAUCCUGUGAAGGUUACAGCUAGAUUCCAUUGUUUUCCCACACUUGAGAGAAGCAACUCCCAAGCUGGUUGACCAGAGACUUUGCCAUUUUAUUCUUUAGAUACUGGUAAUCUGUCAUAUGAAUUACCCACAUCAAAGCAUAAUUAAAAUUAGACUCAGAAAAAAACAAGAUCACUCUAAUUCCCAGACCAAAAUCUAGCAGAGUCCAACCCACUGUCAAUACAAGAAUGGCUUGUUCAGAUUCUUGGAAAGCUAAACAGCUCGCUUUAAUGACCUUUGGUGAUUGAGUACUCUGUACAGGUGGGGGAAAAAUGUUUGCAAAGCCAGAGUGAUCUUUGAAGAGAUCUGCUAAAACAGAAGAAAACUUUGAAAAUAAUAUAGCAAUUCCCAAUGGCAGCAAUGGGAAGAGGUAGGGUGGCGAGUAGAUGAAAGAAGUACACCUGUCACAACUUCAAAAUUGCAGUGAUUUUUUUCCUUUUCCUUUCUGCCCCCAUAUACUACAUCACUUUUACUUAUAGAUCUUGUAUUCUUAGACUGUUGGACAGGAAGCUGAAUUUUAUCUGAAAGUGGAAAUUACCUAUUCAUUAAACCUGCCAAUGGAGCCCAAUCAAUUAUCCACUGAAAGCCACAGUUGUGGUAAUGGCACUGCCUCUGAUAACCCAGUUUGGUGUCCUGAUCAGGUUUAUGUAGUAGCCUUCUUUUGUGUUUUGUGGCUGUGGUACCACAGGCUUACCUAGUCAUACCUCUUCAAUGAGCUAUUAUACUUGGGGGACAAGUGUGUGCUAUCAAGGGGCAGACUGACAGGAGAAAGGCCAAAUGGCAUUUUAAUUACCUUCUGUAUGGCAGAUGUAUCCAAACUUCUGUUUUUAUGCUUAAAAUGUGUUUCCCAGGAAUCUGCUUAUUAGCUCCUGGCUUUCCCAUCAGAUUGGGAAGGCAUAGGCCACUUGUCUUGAACUCUUGCCUCCUUUUUUGCAGUGCUCAAUGUAAGGUUAGCUAGAAAAAAAAAAUAUUAACUUAGAACUGAUUAAUCUCAGGGUCAGUUGUACUCCUUCACCCUGUGAAAAGUAAAUUUAUCCCAACGCUUUCCUAACCCCUUAACUUCUUCCUUUGAGGCAUGGCCUUGAUUGGAGGGGUUCUAAUUACCUUGUUUGAGUCAGUGGUCUAGUUGGUUUUCUCAUUUGGGCUUGUGUCAUAAUAAUUGGGAAUCUGAAGUCUGGAGUGAUGCAUAUCUGUUUGGACUGUUGGUCCAAGCCAGUCUGCAGUGACCUGCAUUCUGCUGAUGGGCCUGCUGAUCUGUUCCUGUUUAUGCCUUCAAUAAACCUUACUUGGUUCCACAA